AUGUCUCUCCUGGUCUUCUCCCAAGUGGUCGAGUUGAACUCGACCGCCUUCAUCCAAGAACCUCUGAAGCCAAUCGCCCAGCGGUUUGCAAACCUCCUCACUUCUCUUGAUGCCUUGCAAAGCGGAUGCCCCCUUCAUCAGUCGCAUCAGUAUCUAGAGCGCCUGGAGCGUCGUCUAGAUAUUGGACUCUCGCUGCCGAACUUGUCAGGAACUUCGAAAAAACUUCCAUCACGUCAGACGACCGUUGCGUUUGUCACACCAAGAGAUCCACCGGGUGGCCGCCACGAUAAUGACCACGCCGACAUCUGCAAUAUCAACAUCAUGCCCACAUUCCAGGAGAUCUCGAGCUCACGUUCCGAGUACCUUCCAGUGAAAGAUCCCCGACAAUGGCACGUCGGUGGACUUGCUGGGCUGCUGGAUCGGAAUUUCCGACUUCUGAGAGAAGAUACGAUUGGCCAGCUUCGAGAUGUUAUACAUGCGGAACUCCAGCCGGGUGCUCGCCAAGACACCCGUAAAAGCCAAACGAGAACGCAUGUGUACAAGCAUGUCACUGUACAGAGCGUGGAAAUGCAUCGAUUCUCCGGGAUGCAGUUUCUCGUUAGCUUUUCCCAGCCACCAAAUACCCAACGCAUCGCAGAGAAGAAGCGAAAGGAGUGGUGGGAGCUUUCGAAACGGCUCCAGCCAAGCGCGCUCAUAUGUCUCCUUGAUCCAAGAGGGUUUGCCACAUUUUGCACAGUAUCUACUCCCGAUCGCCCCAACAGAGGAUCCGACCAUACCGAGUCGAAAAUGCACGGGUCACUUUCAAAAAGCUCGGAUGUGGCCUCCAUCAUUUUGGAGCUGGUAGAGCCCACCGAAAGCAAUUGGCAGUACAUCCUCGAUUGUCAGGCGUCAAGGAAACCCCUAUCCAUCACGCUUGUGGAGUUUCCUGGAAUUCUUUUGCCAUCGUUUCAACCCACUUUGCUCGCUCUCCAGCGAAUGCAAAAGGUAGCAAAUACUCCGAUGUCGGAAUUCCUUGCGCCUCAUGAUGUCAAUUCACUAUCGCUUUUGGUCGAUGUACCUCCGCCUAUGUAUGCAGCCGCUGCAGGAUUCGAAUUCGAUCUGAAGUGCCUCAUGAAUGAUGGCUCCAGCCUCAACGUGCAGCAUUCCCAGCCGGUAGAGAUGGAGCGGCUUCAAGCGCAUUCCACUCUCGACGAUGCACAGACCGUGGCGCUAGUUCGCACCCUCCAGCGACGGAUCGGGCUGAUCCAGGGCCCGCCAGGAACUGGGAAAAGCUUCACCGGAGUCGCGCUGAUUAGAGUUCUGCUAGCGAAUAAAGCUAAGGUCACGAAGGGGCUGGGGCCCAUCAUAUGCGUGUGCUACACAAACCAUGCGCUCGAUCAGCUGCUGGAAGACCUAUUGGACAACAACAUCACUUCCCAAAUCAUACGCAUUGGCUCUCAAUCAAAAUCGGAGCGCUUGCAACCACUCAAUCUCCGAGCAGUCUCACGGGGGGUGGAAAAGACACGACUGGAGAAAACAGACCAAUACAAUCUGCACAACCAACUUGAUGACUGUGAAGACAGGUUCCAAAGCCUCCACCUUAAUUCGCUAGGUUCGGAUACAAGCCUCAGGUUUUAUCUUCAGCGAUAUCACCGGAACCAUUAUGAUCAGCUCUUUGGCAAGGAUGAGGAUGGAUUCCAGAGGCAGUCUAAACGACCUCCCAGUCAUGCCAUACGGUCCUGGUUGAGUAGCGGCAAAUCAAGCAAGGAAACGCCACGCAGUUUGGAGAGGCUUACACACGUCCAUGUCGACACGAUGACAGGCAAGGAACGAAGGAUUCUAUUUGAUCAUUGGCUUGAAACUCAGAAAACGGACUUGCAUGCUCGAGCUCAAUCGGUGCUAACUUCGCAUCUUGAUGCCAAGGUUUCCUGGGAUAAGAUACGAGAUGAGAUAGAUCUACGCUGUCUUCGGAGUGCAGAUAUCAUCGGGGUGACGACAACAGGAUUGGCUCGCAACCUGAAUAUGUUGCAACGAUUACGAUCCAAAGUUCUCCUGUGCGAAGAGGCUGGAGAGGUUCUGGAAGCCCACAUGCUCACGUCGUUGUUGCCAUCGGUUGAACAUGUCAUACUCAUCGGCGAUCAUCAGCAGCUUCGACCGCAGAUCCAGAACUAUGCGCUGUCUCGGGAAAGUCAAGCAGGACAACAAUACUCACUGGACCGAUCAUUAUUCGAAAGGCUUGUGGAGCCCGAUGAUGAGGUUGGAGUCCAGAUCCCGUUCUGCACACUUGAAACUCAAAGACGGAUGUUCCCAUCGAUAUCUCGCCUGGUUCGUGAUACUUUGUAUCCACGAUUACAGGAUGCGCCAUCUGUCAUUGACUACCCAGAAGUUGUUGGGAUGCAAAAACGACUUUUCUGGCUGGAUCAUCGUCAUCUUGAAGGCGGUGCUUCUAGCCAGGACCCAAUGGCAACCUCUCACUGGAAUGACCACGAGAUUGAACUGACAGUGGCUCUGGUCAAUCACCUUCUUCGUCAGGGUGUCUAUCAAAGUGGCGAUAUAGCCAUUCUCACACCCUAUCUUGGCCAGCUUCACCGGAUGCGUCGAAAACUCGCUGACUCCUUCGUUGUCACUCUGGGAGAAAGAGACCAGGAAGACCUCGACAAUGCGGGCUUCAUAGGGGACGAGAUACAGUCGGAAAAAAUGACUCCUUCCAAGUCCACUCUUCUCCAGACUCUGAGAGUCGCAACCGUUGAUAAUUUCCAAGGCGAGGAGGCAAAGAUCGUGGUGAUUUCUCUGGUGAGAAGCAACCAUCAAAACCGCUGUGGCUUCCUCCGUACGCCCAAUCGAAUCAACGUCCUUCUGUCGCGUGCUAAACAUGGGAUGUAUAUCAUUGGGAACUCGGAGACAUCGAGAGGCGUUGAGAUGUGGGGAAAGGUUCUCAAUAUCUUGGAAGAAGGCGGGAAUAUUGGGUCUCAUCUGGAAUUGCGCUGCCCUCGUCAUCCUGAGACCCCAAUUGCAGUGAAGGAGCCAGACCACAUGUUCAGCGAUGCAAUCAUUCUGUCACUGUCGCCUGCCAUGUCGAUGUCAACAGUGAGGAAUACCAGUGCACACUUCUAUGCCGGGCUAUACUCGCAUGUGGUCACAACUGCAAGCGACGUUGCUUUGAAUGUAUCAAACACACUUUCGAGGGCCCCGAAGUUGAUCAUGGGACGUGCAAACACAAGUGUGGACGGCAAUAUUCUACCUGUGCUCAUACCUGCAUUGCCGAAUGCCAUGGGGAGAAUCCGUGCCCUGCAUGUACUUCGCCCUGCGACGUACAAUGUGGCCAUUCUAGAUGCCCCCAGGAGUGCUCUCAGCCAUGUGCUCCUUGUGCAGUUGCUCAGUGCCUAUCUUCCUGCCCACACAGCACAUGUUCAAUGCCUUGCGCCGCGCCUUGCGAUCACAUUCCGUGUUCUCUGCGUUGCGAAAAGCUUCUAUCCUGUGGUCACCAGUGUCCAUCCGUAUGCGGUGAAGCCUGUCCCCCUGAGAAGUUCUGUCAAACCUGUGGAUCUGAAGAGAUCAGAGAGACGUCAGUGGACUUUAUCCUAG